AUGUCCAGUCCUAAUACUGAGACCCGGGAGGUCAAGCGACCACGUCAAGCCUGCCUGAAUUGCCGGCGCAAGAAGGUCAAAUGUCAUGGCGAGCGGCCAACUUGUAGCUUUUGUGCUCGGCUGCUUCAAGAGUGCAUCUACCCAAGUCCGCGGUGGGCCAUGAGUUCAGUGGACAAGCCAAAUUCAAAGCGCGCUGCUACGGAAAUAUAUUCAAAUCAUGGCCUGGACUCACAAGUAUCGCCUACGGAAACGUGGUCGAACCCAUUUCAUCACAAUCUGAAUAGCUCCCAGGACUAUACUGGAGACCAAGGUCAAGCCAAUCUAUCAUCUUCAGCAAAUUCACAUUUCUCCACUAUGGGCUACGGCAAUCUUCCUUAUUUUACCGCAAAUGGAUCCUUAGCUUCAGCCCAGUAUCAGUCAAUCUCGACUACGGCUGAUCCGACGAUUCUACCUCCUCCACACGUUGUAACUUCCACGAUCAAUCUUUAUUUCGAGUUAUGUCAUGAUCAACCAUAUUGUUUUUUUCAUGAGCAGACGUUUCGACACCAGUUAACGAGCAACCAAUUACCACACUACCUGAUCUUCGCCGUACUAGCUAUUUCCUUGCGUUUUUCGCCUGAUCCCUUCUAUAGCAGUAAUCCUCACAUGGCCGCCAAGUAUGCUUCAAACGCGUGGAAAGAGGUUGAACGGCAAUGUUUUGAUGAUGAAGAUGGCAUGGAUUACCGAUUAGUUCAGGCUGCAACUUUGCUAGCACUCUGGGACUUUUUAGCAUGCAAGCAUGAGACUGCCUGGAUCAAGCUCGGGGUAGCUGUGAGUAUGGCUCAAGCCCUACAUAUGACAAAAGAACCCGACAACACAUUAUGCUUCUCAGCACAAGAGGAACGUCGCCGUACCCUAUGGUCAAUCUACUUAUUUGACAAGAUGGCAACAUGCGGCAGAGACCGACCGUCCCUGUUCCGAGAUCAGACCAUCGAUCUCCAGUUGCCUUGUUCGGAUACCUCUUUCUGGAUGUCGACACCCGAAAAGAUUGUUACGUUGGAAGGCUUCAACAGCUUGGAGGAUUCACAAAUUCGAAAUCUCGCUCCAUCAGCCCUGACUAUUGUCCUGGCUUCCAUUUUGAGUCAGACAUCAAAUUAUGCGUUCAAACACAACAAAUCGAGUAAUCAAAAGCCGCCUUGGGAUCACACUUCUGAGUAUCAAGUCAUAUGCUCACAGUUGACGCGCUUUGAGACGCUCUUUGACUCUUACGGGGAUAUACAGGAGCAAAUCCUGGAUCAAGCAAAAGCUUUCGAUGGAUGUGGUUUGCAAAUCACCGAAUCACUGAUAUUUGCUUAUGUCCUCUAUAACCUCUGUCAUUGUUUGUUGCAGCAUCCGUUUCUGCUUCGACGUCGACUUGAAGAGUGCUCCUUGACGAUACCCACUCGGUUUUUCGCGCGGGCUAUCGAGAGCGGUUCCAACCACGCCCAGGAAAUCAGCCGCACCUUGACCAACGCAGCGAGGGCCAAGUACAGAGUUUCCGCCACAAUAUUGGGCUACUUCUCGCUUGUUGCAGCCUCAAUCAAUGGCCUAUUUCAGCACUCGGCCGACGAGACGACCCGUAUGAGGUCGGCGGAGGCUCUUGCAGGAAACUUGGCCCAUAUAGAAGCCAAGGCAAAACACUGGAAAACCUCGGCUCGUAUGGUCGCCACCCUCACGCACUUCUCCCGCGAAUCCGCCCGCUACUCUCCUUUGAUCGACACCUCCUUCCAGACAGUCCCACUGACCGCAGCCGACAUCGAACUCCUCUACUCCCUCUGCGACUAUGGCACCAUCUCCUCGAGCCGAACGAAGGACAUUGCUCUCUUGAACACUAAUGAAACCACACCCACUCCCCUCAAUCUAGACCCCAUGCUAAACAACGCCGCUUCUGCAGACACCUACAGCAACUUUGAGAACCUCGAAGACUUUAGCGGUCUCAUCGAGGGCAUCAUACCGCAGUUUUUCGACCAUACGAAUGCUCGCACCGUCUUGGAUGAUUUCUCGUCUGCGCUUGGCCAGUUUGGUGGCGCGGACUGUUCGGCCUCGGGUCAGGGAUGGGAUUUUCACAGUUGA